AUGCAGUACAGCGACGAUCUUGUGCUCGGCGGCCGUCCUGCUUCUAUCUGGCUGCCUGGGGAGGGCGCUCUCGGAACACGCAUGUCAGCAUACCCAUAUGCUUUCAGCUCGCGCAAGUUGUCGAGAAGUGUUUUGGGACUGCCACUCGGUUCGGGCCCGGUGGUUGUUGACGUGCCAGCACCCGGCGAGCUUAUCCGCUGUGAGAUUCCUACGGCUGUUACCGCUCGUGCUGCCGUCCUCGUCCACGGUCUGCUUUGCUCGCGCCUAGAUUUGGCGCAUGUUGCUGAAGCACUUGUAGCCAAAGGUUUCACAGUGGUGGCUCCAGAGAUGGACGAUUCUGUCAGCCAUGAGGAAGCUGUGUCGCCUGGUGGCUUUGUGGGUGAGCUGUUGAACCGCGAGGCCGGCGAGGUCCAGCGUUGCGAGGUCGUCCGCAAGGCCGUGGCCUGGCUUCGAGAGCGGGGUGCUGAGCAGAUCGGACUUGUGGGGCACUCCCGGGGUGGAGUGACCAUCUCCCAGCUGGACGGAGACUUCUGCCGAGUCAACAUCGCAGGCUUCCAGCCACCUCCGGUCAAUCCCGAGGAGACCUUCUCUCUUUCGGCGCGCCGUGCGCCUAUGCUCAUCAUCUGCGGGCAAGAUGAUGAGGUGUGCACGCGGCCGCCGCUUUCCAUGGAAUAUGUGCAGGACACGGUUAAGAGACUGCUGCCAGAGGCACAGACCUGGUAUCCUGCAGGCGUGGGCCACUUCUCUGUCCUGAACCCCGGCGUGGUAGCUGUUUGGCAGCCACUUCUGGGGCUUGCGGGCUUCCUGGCUCCCGAGCCUGCGGGGCCGGAGCUCUCGCAAGCAGUGGCCGAGCGCGUGGCGGCGUUCCUGGUAGAUACUGUGGACCCUGGCUUUGGGAGCACAAGUUCAGAUUCUGGCGUACCCGAACUGGAUUCCAAUACGGUUCCUCGACACAGAGAUGCCUCCGACUUCGACAAACAAGCUCAUGGGAUCGUGAAGGCGAAGCUACCCUGGAAGGUUUGGAGUCUUCAUGAACUGGUCCUGGCCAAGAUCCUCAUUGAUGCGUUUCAGCUUCGCCUCGUGGACCUAGCCGCCAUCCUCCGAGUAGCUGACUGCGUGCUGUCUGCCCGGGAAGAUGAGGAGGUUGUGGUGGUCCUGUACGCUGGAGGUGCCCAUGCGCAUUGCGUGGAGGAGUUCUGGAGGGCCCAGUCUUUCACGAGUGACGACCUGCCAAAGCGCGGUCUCGUGGGCAAAGAUGACUGGGAAGACGACGAACCUCGCGGAUUGGUGCUGCCGAAAUAUUUGCACGAUUUUGACCUGCUCUUCCCCAAAGAGCAGGUUGAGGAAGCUGUGCCAGAGGGCGCAGAUGAAGAUGAU